AUGAAAACGUGCUCUUAUCGAGGAGCUAUGCCUCGAUUUAAAAAUAUCGAAGGUCUUUUCUGUGGCAAUGAUGAACCAGAAGCAAGAUACACAUUAACUCCAUGUGCUAGCUUGCUUUGUCCAUAUUGUUAUCCAUCUAAUCAUUGGCAGAAAAGUCAACCAUGGCCAGUCAUUGAUUUUGCAUCCAGUUCAAAGUAUCAGUUUGUCAAUGGAUAUAUCACCUAUCUCAAUUGUCCAGCCACAUGUAAAACAUCCAAUAUAAUCUAUGCAAUGACAUGUCCAUGUGGUCAUUAUGACUAUGUCGAUUCAACAACACAAACAUUAGCUGAUGCUAUGACUUAUCAUCGAAAACAUGGCAAUCGAAUUAUAUUUGAAAAAUUGAUUGGUAGUCCUUUAUUUUCAGGAUCACUACUCGAUCCUUACGAGAAAGAGCAAGAAACAGCCAAUAAAAUGCGUCUCUAUCAACAUUCAGCUCGAUGUCCGAUAGCACUUCGUUCAUUUCUUGAAUGCAAUCCAAACUAUUGGUGUUUUAUUCCUAUGCUUUUACAUGAAGCACUAGCUGAAAACAUUCUUUAUACUAGAACAUCUAACUAUUCAACUGCUGAACUAUACGAUUUUAUUCCCAUGAUUGCUAUUGACAAUCAAAGAGUAGAGAAUUAUCUUAGCCAUAUACCACUGUCGCCCGUUAGUUAUGCUUUCUCAUAUCAGCAACGACAAAAACAACGAUUAUUUUUCGAAUCGAUUGUUCCUUUUUCAACAAAUGAACAAUCGUUACCCUAUUCACCAUUACACUUGUAUAAAGUGGCACUUAUUGUCGUUUUACCUGAUGACUGUUCAAUGAUACUACGAUACAUUCUUCAAUCAUUGUUCAUUGUUCAUGGUGAACCGAAAUUGAAUAUGAUUUGUCCGCUUGGUGGUGAUCCUGAAAAACGAUAUGGGCGUGCAUAUGAUCUUGUUUGGUGUGCUGGCUUGAAUCAUUCAUUAUUAACUAUGCCACGAUCGAAUCAAGAUUGA